GGGAAGGCGUGCGCAGAGGCUCCAAUUAGGGGCAGGUGGGAGGGUGGCUUUUUCUCCUAGCUGCUAGUGGGACUCUGAGUUUCGAAUCGUUGGCGGCGAAUUCCCCGCCCGCCGGGUGUCGGAGCUGCUGGAAGGAUGCGAAGCCUGAGCGCGGCGUGGCUGCUGGGGGGCGUCAUCCUGCUGGGGACCUCUGCCUCCUGCAAUCGCACCGUCCUAGGAACCAGUAGACCCUCUAAAGGAAGAAGUCUCAUUGGUUACGUUGAUAACUCACCUCAGAUCACGGGGAGAGGAGCAACAGUGGAACCAGUCUUCUCUGUGGAUGAGUCUUCUGCCUCUGUCCUCACUGGAAAACUGACUACUGUCUUUCUUCCAAUUGUCUACACGAUCGUAUUUGCGGUUGGUUUGCCAAGUAAUGGCAUGGCCCUGUGGGUCUUUCUUUUCCGAACGAAGAAGAAGCACCCUGCUGUGAUUUACAUGGCCAACCUGGCCUUGGCGGACCUCCUCUCUGUUAUCUGGUUCCCUUUGAAGAUUGCCUAUCACAUCCAUGGCAACAACUGGAUUUAUGGGGAAUCUCUCUGCAAGGUACUCAUUGGCUUUUUCUACGGCAACAUGUACUGCUCCAUCCUCUUCCUGACCUGUCUCAGUGUGCAGAGAUACUGGGUCAUCGUGAACCCCAUGCUGUACCCCAUGAAGAAGGCGAGCAUUGCCAUCAGUGUCUCCCUGGGAAUAUGGCUGCUGAUUCUGCUGGUUACUAUCCCCUUAUACGCUGUGAAGCAGACCCUCUACAUUCCAGCCCUUAACAUCACGACCUGUCAUGAUGUUUUGCCAGAGGCGGUGUUGGUGGGGGACAUGUUCAAUUAUUUCCUCUCUCUGGCCAUCGGAGUCUUUCUGUUCCCAGCCUUCCUUACGGCCUUUGCCUAUGUGCUGAUGAUCCGGACCCUCCAAUCUUCUGCCUUGGAUAAAAACUCAGAAAAGAAGAGGCAGAGAGCCAUCAAGCUCAUCGUCACUGUCCUGGCCAUGUACCUGAUCUGCUUCACUCCUAGUAACCUUCUGCUCGUGGUGCAUUACUUCCUGAUUAAAAACUGGGGCCAGAGCCACGUCUAUGCCCUGUACCUCAUAGCCCUCUGCCUCUCCACCCUCAACAGCUGCAUUGACCCCUUUGUCUAUUACUUCAUUUCACAAGACAUCAGGGAUCACGCAAAGAAUGCUCUGCUUUGUCGGAGCGUCCGUACUGUAAAGCAGAUGCAAAUAUCCCACACAUCAGUCAAAUUCUCUAGGAAAUCCAGCUCUUACUCUUCAAGUUCAACCAGUGUUAAAACCUCCUAUUGAGUUUUCCAGCUCCUCGGAUGGAAGUUAGGCAGGGGGAUUUGGAACCUGAUUAACAUUAUGGGGAUGCUUCUGUUGUUUCCCAACCAUGUGGGUUUCACCACAUACCCUGUAUAUGCAACAGCUCCCAGGAUUGCUGGGAGCUUCCCUGUUUGCAUAAGGAAAGUCCCCCAAAUUAACAUAGAUGUCAGUUUCAGAAUUCCUCUACUCAGGUGCUCCUGGAAACGGAACUGAUUGGAAGCAGACUUUUCAGAAGGUGGAGAAAAGACAGAAACCCAGUGACUUGCAAAGACUAGUAUUGGCGUGAAGACCAAGUUCUUAGCUAAAACUACAUUUUACAUCUGGGGUCAGUCACAACCAUGUUAGGGCUUCAGGGCCCUCAGAGAUGAUUGGUCCAAUUGACUGGCUUUAAGGAUAAGGAAACUAAAGAGGUGAGGGAGCUGCCCAGAAUUAGGUUUCCAACCAAUGGCAAUAA